AUGGCAGAGCAAUCACUCAUCAGCUUGCUGUCCGACAAACCGGAUCUUACAAGAUAUGAAACACUCUACAAACACUUUCACUCUCAUCCCGAACUUUCACUCCAAGAACGCGAGACGGCCUCAACCAUAGCUUCGCACCUCGAAUCUGUCAAAGCAGGAUAUGAACUUUUCAAAGCAAUCGGAGGGCAUGGAAUUGUUGGCGUCCUCAAGAAUGGCUCAGGCCCCACUGUCCUUUUACGCGCUGAUAUGGAUGGCCUUCCAGUCCUCGAAUUGACCGGUCUACCCUACGCAUCAAAGGUCACCAUGAAGGACAUAGCCGAUGGAAUUGAGAAACCCGUCAUGCACGCCUGUGGGCAUGACAUGCACAUAACAUGCCUACUUGCAGCGGCCGAGCACUUGGCCCAUAUCAAACAUGCUUGGAGCGGCACCUUGAUCGUCUUGUUUCAGCCGAAUGAGGAAAGAGCAGCAGGCGCCCAGGCUAUGGUAGACGAUGGUCUGUACGACAAAAUCCCUAUCCCUGAUUACGUUCUUGGACAACAUGUUCUGCCUUUGCGCGCAGGGCGUGUAGGCAACCGAAAAGGGGUGAUAAUGGGCGCCGCCGAUAGCUUCAAGAUUACGGUCUGGGGUAGGGGAGGUCAUGGCUCUAUGCCACAUCGUUCCGUUGACCCAGUGGUACUGGCAGCUAAUGUUAUACUCCGUCUACAAACUAUUGUUAGUCGUGAGGUAGACCCAUCGGAAAUGGCUGUGGUGACGGUGGGCAGUGUGCAGGCUGGGUCAACGGAGAACGUAAUUGCAGAUCAUGCCAUACUGAAAGUCAACAUCAGGACCGUUUCUCCACGCACGAGGGGGAAAGUGCUGGCUGCCAUGCGACGAAUUGUCAAGGCAGAAUGUGAAGCAAGCAACUCGCCGAAAGAGCCGCUUAUUGAGCCCACAACACGAUUUCCACCCACUGUCAAUAACGAGAACAUCGCUUGCCGCCUUGCUUCCUCUUUCACGGAAUUCUUUAAAGAAGAGUUCGACUCAGAGCAGCCUCCCACCAAUGGCAGUGAAGAUGUUUCCAUCCUGGCGUCAAGUAUAGGAAAGCCUUACAAUUUCUGGUUCUUUGGAGGCGUUGAUCAUGAACUAUGGGAUCGCGCCGAAAAAGAAGACAGACUCUUCGAGGACGUACCGGCUAACCACUCGGCGUUUUUUGGGCCUACUGUGCAGCCUACGUUGAGGGUAGGCUAUGAGGCUCUGUGUGUGGCCGCGUUGACAUUCUUGCGGAAGCCUCUGUAG